UCUAAACGUGUUGUCACAGUGAUAGUUUGGCUGAGAAAACAGGGUGGACAGGUUUCUGUAUGCCAUGCGUAUCCAUGACGACCAGCUAACGGACAUCUCGGCUCGUUUCCAGGCUGAAAUGAAGAAGGGGCUUUCUGCUGAAAGCAAUGCUGCAGCAGCAGUGAAGAUGCUGCCAACACAUGUCCGCUCCACUCCGGACGGAUCAGAGAAAGGACAGUUUCUGGCCUUGGAUCUCGGAGGUUCCAAGUUUAAAGUGCUCCAAGUUAAAGUGAGAGAGGGCAUGGGGAUUAGGAGGGGAGGAGUGGAGAUGGAGGAGAAGACCUAUUCGAUACCUAAGGAGCUUCUCAUUGGGAAAGGAACAGAGUUAUUUGACCAUGUGUCCGAGUCUCUAAAGGACUUCCUGCAUGAGAAGAACAUCAGUUUGGAGAAGAAACAUCCUCUGGCCUUCACCUUCUCUUUCCCUUGUGAACAAUCCACCUUGAAUCAGGGAUUAUUGUUAAACUGGAGUAAGAACUACCGGGCUCGAGGCCUUCAGGGGAAAGAUGUGGUCCAGGUCCUCAGAGAGGCUGUUGACAGAACAGGGGGUAUGGAUGUAGAGGUGUUAGCCAUGGUUAAUGACACUGUGGCGACCAUGAUGACCUGUGGUUUUGAUGACCGGUACUGUGAAGUUGGACUCAUCAUUGGUACAGGAACCAAUGCAUGCUACAUGGAGGAGCUACGUCAUGUUGACCUGGUGGAGGGCGACGAGGGCAGGAUGUGUGUGAACACUGAGUGGGGAGCCUUUGGAGAUGACGGGGCUCUGAAAGAUUUCAUCACUGAGUUUGACAGAGAUGUCGAUGCAGCGUCCAACAACCCUGGAAAACAACUCUUUGAGAAGAUGGUCAGUGGGAUGUAUCUGGGUGAGCUGGUGAGGCUGGUUGUAUUAAAGAUGGCUAAACUGGGACUGCUGUUUGAUGGACAUGUGUCUAAUGCUCUAAAGACCAAGGGGAAGAUAACCACUGCACAUGUGGCAGCCAUGGAGGAGUACAAAAAUGGCCUGAAGAACACCAGAGACAUUCUCACUGAGCUUGAUUUGACCCCAUCGCCUGACGACUGCAUUGCUGUUCAACAUGUCAGCACCAUCGUGUCCUUCAGGUCCUCAAAUCUAGUGGCUGCAGGACUGGCUGCUAUCUUGACUCGAAUCAAACAAAACCGGAAUUUGAGGAAAUUGAGGAUCACUGUAGGCAUGGAUGGAACUUUGUACAAGAUGCACCCACAGUAUCCUAAACGUCUCCAUAAAGUGGUGAGGAGGUUGCUUCCUGAGUGCCAUGUCAGAUUCGUCCUGUCAGACAGCGGCAGCAGCAAAGGAGCUGCCUUGGUAGCAGCAGUCGCCCAACGACUGGCAUCACAGAGGAGAAAGGUGGAUGAGACACUGUCUCCCUUCAGACUGAAUCAAGAGCAGCUCCAAUUGGUCAAGGCCAGGAUGAGGGCGGGGCUGGAGGCGGGACUCAAGAGUAAAAUAUCUUCAGGCAUCAAGAUGCUGCCUUCUUUUGUGUACCACACACCUGACGGCACAGAGCGUGGGAAAUACCUAGCCUUGGAUCUGGGAGGAACCAACUUCAGGACUCUGCUGGUGGACUUUAAAAAAGGUCUGCAACAGAACUCAAGACUCUACCAUAAGAUCUACACCAUACCACUGGAGAUAAUGCAGGGAACUGGAGAAGAGUUGUUUGAUCACAUAGUGCAGUGUAUCAGUGACUUCCUGGACUACAUGGGAAUGAAGAACGCUCAUCUUCCUGCAGGCUUCACCUUCUCUUUCCCCUGUGAGCAGACAGCUAUUGACACGGGCACAUUGGUGAGCUGGACCAAAGGCUACAAGGCCACAGACUGUGAAGGACAUGAUGUUGUCGGCAUGCUGAGGGAGGCCAUUAAGAGACGCAACGAGUUUGACCUGGACAUAGUAGCUGUUGUCAAUGACACAGUUGGGACCAUGAUGAGUUGUGCCUAUGAAGACCCUCAGUGUGAAAUCGGACUGAUAGCUGGAACUGGCAGUAAUCUUUGUUACAUGGAGGAAGUGAAGAAUAUUGAGAAGACCAAACAAGAGGAAGGAAAAAUGGAAAGAGAAGAGGGGACACCUGAACGACAGGGAGAUAUGCAGGAUGAUAAGAUACGAAGGAUGUGUAUAAACACAGAGUGGGGAGGUCUGGGUGAUGAUGGUUCGCUGGAUGACAUCAUCACACCUUAUGACGUUGAGGUGGACCAAAACUCAGUUAACGCUGGAAAACAAAGGUUUGAAAAGCUGACCAGUGGGAUGUAUUUAGGUGAAGUUGUCCGUCAGGUGCUCUUGGAUUUAACCAGAGGAGGUUUGUUGUUCAGAGGACACGUCACUGAACCUUUAAAAACACCUGGAAUAUUCCAAACUAAAUAUCUGUCACAAAUAGAGAGUGACCGCCUGGCUUUACUGCAGGUCAGAUCCAUUCUCCAACAGCUGGGGCUGGACAGCACCUGUGACGACAGCAUCAUUGUCAAAGAGGUAUGUGGAGCAGUGUCACGUCGCGCAGCUCAGCUGUGUGGGGCAGGAAUGGCAGCCGUGGUCGAUAAGAUGAGAGAGAAUCGUGGCCUGGACCAUCUGAACAUCACUGUGGGGGUAGAUGGGGCACUCUACAAACUACAUCCACAUUUUUCUAAAGUCCUCCAAGAGACUACCAGUGUUUUGGCUCCUCAGUGUGAUGUGACCUUCCUCCCAUCAGAAGAGGGCAGCGGGAAAGGUGCCGCCCUCAUCACAGCUGUGGCCAGACAGAAGCAGGACAUGUAACUUCCCAUAAGGGCUGCUAACAUCAGUUGCUGGUCUGCAAGAGCUGCAGACUCUCAUCCUAUACAAAUGGAUUCACCAGCCGCUUCUUUUCACCUGAAAGCAAGGAGCUUCACCUGAAGGGCGGAACAUAUGCAGAUGUGUUUGUUGCAUGAUCCCUCACAGGCUUCCCACACACAAACAGCCAUUUGUGCUGUAUGUUGCACCCAACCAAGCCAGAAGCACUGCUGCCAGGGAUAAAAUCCUUGUCCCUAAUAAUGUUUAAAGAACUGGAUUUUUAUAAAACUAAAUUUGUCAACACUUUUUGUUCUAAAGCUCACUUCCCUUAAUCAGUGCUCAGAACCUGAUAGAAGUCAUUGCUAUGAUGUUUACUACUUAGUGAAAAUUUUCUUAUUUGUCCCUUGAAAGGCCCAUCCGAAGUGCGUCUAAAUUUCAAUAUACUGGCCCAGCAAAAAUAUUUGGUUUCCUCACUCAAGAUUUUAAACCAAAGCCCUCCACUUUCCAAUCAACUACCCAGUCAGCCAUGGGAAAGGUGUCACACACACAGCUGCACGGUCUCAUGCUAAUGUUAGCCAUGCACUGAUUACACUCUGUGCCUCUGAUACCAGGGCUGAGCAAAAGAAAGUAUACUCAUUUUAAAAAAAUCACAUCCUGCAAACUACUCAAAGUUAGCGCUUGAUGUGAGACCAAACCAUAAUGUUAUAAUCAGCUGUCAUGAUAUUUACCACGGCUAGCUUCAAUUGUCAAAAUGUGACCAUACUGUACAUGUGUGUGGUCCGCUGAAGAUCUUUGCUUGUCCUCAGACAUUCACAUGCUGCCUCCUUACAAUGUGUUCUCAUUUAAUUUUUUGUUUUUGUAUUUGUUUUUGUUUUUGUUUUUUACAGUAUUGACUAAAAACUCAAAUUAUCAGCAAAUUAUACAAAUAGCUGGGUAAUCUAAUACGAAAAAACAAAGAUGUCACUUUUGUGUCAGUCUUGCUGUGUUUGUACUGUGUUUGAAGUAUUUCUAUAUAUAUAUAUAUAUUUUACAACACACUAAGUUGUAUCAGUAAUUUAGUUCAUAAUCUGUUAGAACCAGAUGAUUCCUACAAAAUAAUUUAAUAAAUUAUUUUUUUAAAAUAUGUAAAUGUCAGUCUAUUUAGAA